AGUACUUCUACUAUCACUGCAUAAAAUGAUGUGAUGAUGCGUCGUGUUUGUUUUGCAAUGUGUUGUUUCUCGUAAAUAAUAUUUUGUAGUAUUUCUAAGUCAAUUCAUUCUUUUUAAAAAUGGAGUCACCUGAUUCUCUACCGUAUCAAAAAACCGAUGAAACCAAUUUAGAAGGUGAAAUCGGUGGAAGCCCUACUCACACCGAAAGUUCUGAAUAUCAUACAUUAGAUGAGCCUGUCAAAGAUACUAUUCUUCGUGAUUUAAAAGCUGUCGGCAUCAAGUUUUACCAUGUAUUGUAUCCAAAGCAAAAGAAAGCUCUUCUGAAAGAUUGGGAUUUAUGGGGUCCGUUAAUACUUUGUGUUUUCCUUGCAUCAGCAUUGCAAAAUGAGAGUUCCGAUAAUUUGAAUGAUGGUGGACUACAGUUUGCAGAAAUAUUUUUCAUCGUAUGGUUUGGCGCUGUUGUUGUCACCGUAAAUUCCAAACUGCUUGGGGGAAAUAUAUCUUUCUUUCAGAGCGUCUGUGUUCUUGGUUAUUGUUUACUAGCUCCAAGUUUAGCCUUGCUUGUGUGCCUUUUCUUUGAUUUAAUUUUCAAUUAUUCAUUACUGCUAUUCAUAGUGAAAUUCUUGAUAGUCACUGCCGGAUUUGUUUGGGCUAUAAUAGGAGCUACGGUUUUUCUUGGAGACAGCCAGCCUCCGAAAAGGAAAGCUCUUGCAGUGUAUCCAAUAUUUCUAUUUUAUUUUGUUGUGAGUUGGAUGGUUCUUUCAAAAUCUUGAAAUAAAUAAAAUUUUUCCACUUGUAGUGCCAUUCUAUGUGAGCACCUAAGUAUUACUAUCAUGUCAGUUUUUAAUUUGAUUCAUUUAUGAACAAAAUAUUUAGAUGUUUAUUAAAAUUGUGCUUACAAUGUUA